UUAGUCUUUAGUAAAACAUCGUCCUUACUAGUAAUCACUCACGAUGGAGUAUACUGAAGAAACCGAUCCUGAAUAUCUGGCUACCAGAGAAGAACUGAACGACCCGGAUUGUUUUUGGGUGAAACCAACUGAUUAUUCGUCGGUGCCAUGCCAAGCCAAGGACUGGGAACCAUUGCCAUGCUUUUUGCCCAAACAGUAUGCGACCAUGGCUCAACGGAUCAAAGAUUUACCGGUUCGGCCGGAUGAUGUGUGGGUUGCCUCCUAUCCGAAAAGUGGAACAACGUGGACCCAGGAAAUGAUGUGGCUUAUAUGUAACGACCUGGACUACGAAAGGGCUCGCAGUAUAACACUGGACGACCGUUUCCCUUUCCUGGAGGUAGGCAGUGUUAUACCGGGUGGCAGCGAUAGUGUGAAAAUAGUAGAAGAAAUGGAAUCGCCCAGGUUCAUCAAAACACACCUGCCAGUAGCGCUAAUGCCCGAUCAAUUUUGGACCGCCAAGCCGAAGCUUGUCUACGUAUACCGCAAAGCCAAACCCGUGUCAGUUUCUUUCUAUCAUCAUUACCAAACUUUGACAGACUAUCGUGGGAGUAUAGAGCAAUUUGUCAAGUCUUUCAUCAACGAUCGGGUUUUGUUCUCACCAUACCACGAACAUAUUCUUGAAUUCAAAGCAUUACAGGGCUUGGAUAAUAUUUUGGUGAUCAAUUACGAAGACAUGAAGAAGGAUCUCAAAAGCAACGUCCUUAAAGUAUGCGCUUUCUUCAACAAAACGUACACCGAUGAACAAAUUGAGGAACUAUGUAAACAUCUUUCCUUUGAUUCAAUGAAGAAGAAUCCAUCGGUAAAUUAUGAUCAAGUGAUAAAUAAAUUGUUAACAUUUUCAAAUCGAUUGCACGAGAAAGAAGAAGCGAAUAGAAAAUUCAUACGGAAAGGAGAGAUAGAUGGAUGGAAAAGUGACCUAACUGAUGAAUCAGCCAACAAAAUAGACGAAUGGACUCGAAGCAAAAUAACAUCACCGGAGCAACUGAAGCUGUUCCUCUGAUCUUUUUAUAUUAAAAAAAAAAGACGCCUAAGCUUUGAAUACUUCAUCCCAAAAACGACGUACAGGGCUUCGCUCAAUCUUAAUUCCAAGAGUAAAAAUGUUUCAGCAAACCAAAAAAUAAGCUCAACCGACAUAAUCACCACGUGAGACAGUUCAAAAAUAUUAAAACA